CGUUCAGAGCGCGCUUUGGUGACACCCGACCUUCAAUGAACACGCCCCUGAAAUGCAGUAAACUGUCAAUUGUCAUUGUCUGCUGAUUUUCGCUAGUUGAUAUAUAUUUUGAUUUCAUAUCAUUUUUGUUAGUGCAGAGUGUGGACUGCGAAGUGGGCAAAUUUUAGUUUAUUUCAUUCCUUGGUUUUUAGAUUCUAGUAUUUUCUCUUCCCCCGUUACUCGUCAAUUACGGUUACUUUUUAGUUUGUAGGUAUGAUGUUUAUGCCUCAUUUUCUGGGCGGGAUAUUUUUGGUGCUGAUUUCCCCGGUGGUGUUUCAACAGGUGUUUACAAUUCAAUUGCAUAAACUAUGCAGUGAUAACUUGUACAAGGAUUCCUGUGAACAGGUUGAACGGGAUCAAGAUAUUAAAUGUCAGGAAGUAUUGUCAAAGACUGAAUGUAUUUUGGAUAUUGACAGAGGACUACCUACAUUGAGUAUUUUAAAUGCAGAAGAAGCAUUUUUGGCCGCUCCGCUGGUAUCAUCAACUACCACAGUUUUUGGUGAAAUUGUACCAGCAAACACCCCAUACCAAACCGCAGUCGUUGUUAGAUCAGGUUAUUUGGGAGGCUUUGAGCCUUUAAGAGGGCUAAAAUACUGCCAUCCUGGUUACAACCAUGACGAACGUAUCACAAAGUUUGUUUUGGAGCAACUUGACUGGAAAGCCAUCAAUCUUUCUUGUGACACCGCUAAAACUUUGACGGAACAAAAAUUUCAGGCUCUGUCUUCACUGUUUGGAAGCUCUUGCCGUCCUGGAAAGUGGUCUCAGGAUGAUACUUUGGAUUCCAGACUUAAAAAAGAUUUUCCUUCUUUAUGUGAGCUUUGUGGCACCGAUGGAUGUGCAACUACAUACAAUAUUCCUUUGAACGACACUUUGUCAUGUCUGACUGAUAAUGGAGGUGACAUAGCUUUAACAGCUCUAAGAUAUGCUGACACCUUCUUUAGCAUUGGUGCUAACGCCCAAAAUUUCCAAUAUUUAUGUCCUAAUGGUACUUUAGCGCCAUCUUCCAACCCAUGUACAUGGACUAAUCAAUUAAACAGGCUUUUAAUAACUUCAAAUGAAAGUGCCCAUGUAAUGACAAAUUAUGUAAAAGGCAAAUUGGGUACAUAUUUGAUGUCAGAUACACCUUCCAGCUCUUCCAGUGUUUUUGAAGCUCAUUUUGCUCGUCUGUUGCAGCUUAGCAGAUCAGAUCAGAUUAAAUUAGUUGAUCCUAUACCUUUGUACAAUUAUGUUUCAGAACGAAGAACUAUUCCACUUGUCAAUGAAAGCAUCCAAUGUGGACUUACAGUAAACUGGUCAGUUACAGCAGAAAUAGAAAAAAAUAAAUGCAUUUGGCUGCAACAAGCUAGCUUAAAUAAUGGCUUGCAACCUGUUGUUUCAUGUGUUUUGAGCUUGGACAAUGAUACAGUUUCCAAUUUAGACAAUAUUAAACAGGGGAAAGCUGAUCUAGCAUUCACUAAUGCUAAUUUUGGAUAUGUUGCUAGAAAGAAGCAAUUGAUCAAUAUAGCGUAUCCAGAGACACACAUGCAACAAUUAUCAAAAAUCGUUAUUGUUGUGAGAAAUGAUACUACCUGGUUCAAAAAUUUUACUGAUCUUAAAGGACGGCCAAUAUGUCUUCCUGAAUAUGGCGGAAAAGAAUGGCUUUCCUUUAUCGAUUUGCUUCGUUCAAACAAUGUUGUCAACAAUAGCUGUGAAUAUGGAAAAAUCUUUAGCGAGUUUGUUGGACAAUCAUGUGCUCCUGGUGCCAACUCAAAGGAUCUUGGUAUUUCCAAUACAGACGUGGACAAAUUAUGUUACACAUGUUAUUCAAUAGAUGCAACACAACCUGCAAGAUAUUGCAAUGCUGAUCCACUAAACAAAUUUUAUGAUAGUUUGGGAGCUUUAACUUGUCUGAAGGAGGCUAGUGGUGACUAUGCUGUUAUUGAUUUGAAUGAUUUACCCUAUUUCUAUAGUUUCAAACCAUCUGGUCAUCAAGAAUUUACAGUUAUUGCCAAAAAUGGAUCUUUGGCAUCCUACAAUGGCUUUAAUGUAGACGAAGAUGCAUUAAUUUCUAUAAUUGUGGCUGGUGAAGUUAUUGUGAAAAAUGGAACAGCAAAAUUCAACGAUAUUCAAUUGUAUUUGAGGGAAAUUGAACAAGAUUUUGCUUUGAAUUUGAAAAAGUCGUUUAAACUUUUUGAAGAAUUUAAUCAUACUAAGAAUGUACUUUUUCCCGACUCCACUCCAGGACUUACUUUCAGCGAUUCUGGAAACAAGUAUAUUCAGAAUUACAGGACUCUUCUAGAACAUUCCGAAACAUGCAGUGCUGAUAAUAACACUACUGGUGGAUCAGACAGACUCACGGUUCCUGUAUUUUUUGCAGUAUUUAUUUUAACUGUAUUAGUUCGUUUGGUUUAAGGAAGUGUUUCCAAGUUCAAUAUGCUUUUAUUUUGGAUUGAAUUUGUCUUUUGAAUAGCCAUUACUAUUUUUAUCAAGAGAGAAAAUUCGAUCUCUAAAAACAGUGUCCAUUUUCAAGGCUGUGCUAUUAGUGAAUACGGGAGCAUAUCAUAUUGCAUUUCAAUGCCUUAAAGUGCUGAAGUACAAAGAAAUAAUAUUUUGCAGCUAUUCCUAAUGUUUUUGAUCCAUAUAGUUUAUUUAAUGUUAAACUAAAUUUAAUUAGAUAGUCGAAACGCAGUAUUUUUGUAAUAAGUAGGUACUAGAAAUAGUUGCAAUAAGAUAGCUUUGUUUUAGUUCGAAAUUUGGAAGGGCUCUGGAAUUGUGCAGAACUGCUUGCGCACAAAAAAUAAUGGAGGACUGUUCUAAUACUAAUUGUGAACCGAUUCGGUACCAAAAAAACCAAAACAAGCUGCUUAUCACAAAAUUCCAAAACAGUUCCUCUUUCAGAGCAAAAACUAGGAGAACCGUUCUAGAACAAUCCCAGAAUCGUUCUUAUAUAGUUCUAAAUAAACCAAAAUACUGUCAGUCAACACAGUUCAAUUACAAUUCUGAAAAAACGCAAAAGCGUUUUAUAAUGUGCACACAUGCAGAAUAAUUCCGAACUGGUUCUGAGUGAAACCAAAACAAAGCAAAUGUUGCAUUUGUUAAGCAACUAUUUUUUUUCUAAAUAUUUACUCAGAAUUUGUAGUUUUAUAUCUGUAUGAUUUAUUUUCAAAUAAAUAUUCGUUUUUUUUUUUUAAAUUUCAA